UAGAAACAAUCGUCAACAACUAUGGCAUCCACUCCGGAAAAUGAGCCGCUUCUUAUUUCCAGUGAAGAAGAGAUGGAAAAAAUCCGCCGGCGAGUGCAACACAAGAUAGCAGAAAAAUACCUUGAAGUUUUAGAUCCUGAUGCGAUGAUACCAGAGAGUCAAAGAGAGGUUCCAGACCACUCCAAACUGAGCACACAUUUUGAUGAGGAGACCCGAGAGGAGUUUGAGGAAAGGUUUGGGAAAUACAGGAAAAAGAAAGGCUCUAAAUACAGCCUACAGAAUGUGCUGUGGUUUGUAGGAUCCAUUGCAAUAUUCUACUACACUGAUUUCUACAUAGCAUGUAGAUAUGACCCAAGGGUCAACAGGAAUUGGUUCAAUAUUGGUGCUAUCCUCAUUGUGAUCAACGUGUGUAUAGCACUAUUCUUCAUUGUAUGGUUAUCUGCCAUAAAGAAGGUGGAUGUGGAUGAUUGGGAAAAACGCUAUCCAAUACUCAUUCCCAUAGCAACAGGGGCGUUUAUAAUGGGUGGAAUGUGUGUGACAGUGGGACUGUGGCCAGUUUGGAGCAUCUUUACACCAGUUAUCCUGUUCACACUGUUCAUGGGUUUCGUGGUGUUCAUUGCAAUGAUUCCGUGACCUGACCCCCAAUGACUUGUACAAUUAGUAUUGUGAUUAAGAAAGAGAUCACUUGCUCAACAUGUAAAUCCAUGAAAGAAAACAUUACACUGCAGUUUCUUCUUACAAGGAGCAUUAUUUAACUCUGGAAAAUUACAAAUCUACGAUACAGUAAAAUCAACGAUGUUCUUUUUUUUUUCUUUUUUUUUUUUAAUGUUUAUGUAAGGAAGAUUGUGUUGGAAUAUGGAAUAUUCUUGUUAAAAAAUUAUUAUUUUGAAAAACAAAAAUUGCAAAUUAAUGUUUGUAAUCAAACUGGAUAAAUUUAUUCACAUAAUUUUAUGAAAUUCAUCAUUUAGCAUUUUAUUCCCACUCUAUCCCAAUACGUAAGUGGAUUGUCCUUAUAAGCCAAACUAGAUCCUAGCCCACAGUGUUCCAUCAUUAGUACAUUGUAUUUCUAUUGUAACAAGUCAAAUCUGGUAUAAAGUUUUUAAAAAAUACUUUUGCCAAAAUGUCUCAGUAAAUUUUGCCUUUUUCAGCAUGGCACUAUCUUCAAUGAAGAUAAUCACGGAUAAUCCCUAAACUUGUUUUGGACAAUCCAGGGUUGACAUGAAAGAACAAUCAAUGAAACUUUUGUGUUCUGUAUCGUAUCAAAUUAUCACCACACAUACAUGUAGUUCAAAUCGUAUCAAAUUAUCAUCACACAUACAUGUUUGCAGAAAUAAUUCCUUUUUUUUCUUUUUAUUUUCAUACAGCGAUGAUUUUGCACAAUAAUCAAAGUAUAUACAUCCUGAUAAUUUUAAGUUGAUGUGUUCGGCAAAAGCUACCUUAACUUUUUUUCUUUUUAUAAUAAAUAUUUUAUUAUAUCUUAAUGCACUCAUUUUCACAUGUUUUCAUUUUCAUUUCAUAACUUUAACUCUCGUUAUCAAAAUAUUAUAUGUCUGCAACAUUUCAUUAUUUAUAUUAGAUAACAUUCUAAUACAUAUAAGUAAAUAAUUAUACAUACACUGAUUUACUUCUACCAUGCAGAUAUGACUACCGUAUUUAAUCUCAAAUAAGCCCCCUCUAGUGCAAAGUUUUAUUUCUGAAGUUUUCAUCAUAUUUGACAAGUUACUAAUGGAGGUGUCUGGUCACAGGCAUUUGGCAUGAAUUCCCAGCCCACAAUCCAUGCAUACUUAUGUAAUGUUAUACAAGCAUGGAUCCAGGAAUUUGAACGGGGGGGUCCAGUAAUUUAGUGGUAAUGCGAGCGCCAUAGGCGUGAGCCAAAUUUUUUUAGCGAGGGGUCUGGGGGCCAAAAUUUCGGAAAAUGAAAUGAUUAUAGCAAAUUUUGCAAUCUUUUGCAAACCACCACCCCUGGAUCCGCUAGUGUUAUAUACUAUAUAUAAUACGAUAUGUAUGGACUGUAUAUUGGGGAAUUUGUACCAAGUCCCUGUAGGUCUGACAAUACUCCUCAUCUCCUUGUGUCAGAGAUUUGUUUAAAAGUGCUCUAUACCUGAUUUUGUUUUUAAAGACUUAAUCUCUUGUGUUGAGACCCUAUGUGAUAUGAUUUGAUCAAAUCUUAUUGUGAUGUCAUUGUGAAGCUGUUAAAUACGAACGAUUGAAUUUGAUGCCAAGCUUUAUCUUUUAACUUUUUAUACAUUUAUACAUCCAAAUAUUUAUACAUUAUAGUAGAAGUUGAACAGUCUUGGCAAGAAUAUAAUAUUGGUAUCAAUAGGUAUUUCUUUUAGCGUUGACAUCCUCACCAUAGAAGCAAUUUUUUAAAGAUAUGUCUAAUAAUAAAAUAAACCUAUUUUCAUUAGAAUUUGCAAACUUAGACUUCUAGUGCAUAUUUUUUUAAAUAGAGGUGAAAUUUCAGUAGUUUAGAUUAAGUAAGAUUGUCCAAUUUUCUUUUUUUUUCUUUUGGGAAAAAUUGAUAUUGAUAAGAAAGGUAAUGGACCAUUCCUGGGUUAGUAUAAUAUUGAUACAUAAUAUAUAGUCAUGUGUGCAUGUAUUUAAGAAUGUACUAUAUAUAUGUUUGGUUCUAUGUUAAUAUAUUGGGGACGUAAAUGGAAAAAAUAACUUAUUUAUUGUGAUCAAUUUAGAUGUAUUACUAUUCAUAGAAUGUGUCAGUGAGUGUGUUGUAAAUACUGAAGAUUAUAGCAUCAGUGUGUUUUUAUAGUUUAAAAUUGUGACUUUGGUUAAUACUCUUGUUUUUAUUUGUGAUGUUGACCUAUAUCAAAUAUAGCAACAAAUGUAUUUAAAACUGCUCAAUAUCUGGAGCUGAAUGUAAGGUGUUUGUCUGAGUUUUGUUAUGUGUUACACGUAUCAGACUAGCCUGAGAGAAGUACUGUAGUGAUAUUGGUAAGGGCACAGGCACCUGUUAGGAAUAUUUAUAAUAUUUCUCCUACCCUACUGAAAAACGGGCUAUACUGUCAAACAUCGUCAUCAUACAAAAAACUGGGAUUUCAGAAAUUGUGAAAGGCGUAAGGAUAGUUUAGCCUUAAACUUUGUAAUUAAUCAUCUUGAAUUUGAAUGUGGAAUAAAACUUCUUUUUUAAAUAUAUCUUUAAAAAAAAUUUAAAGAAAGAAAUGCUGAAAUAUAUAUUUUACUUUCAAAUGUUUUGGACCAAAUGAAUAGUUUGGAAUUUGGCAUUCUAGGUUAAUCAGUUGGGUAGAAGAGAGCCCCCUGCAACUUCUGAAAACAGCUCAACAAGCUAUUUCGAAUCUGAUAUUUAUUGAAAAUACAUUUCUUAAUUUAGUGGACAAUGUUAAUAAGACGGUUGUGUUGCCAGUAGUAAUUUGCUCUUAAUAGACUAAAGAUGCUACUCUGAAUAUGAAAGCUUUCAGACCCACUACAAUGUCAAAUGUCAAAAGUACAUUUACACAAUGUAUAAACAUUCUUGUAUUUAUAUCUGAAUAACGGAAAUGUAUGGUGAUAGAUGUCAGUGUUUUUUGUACAUUAAUGUUGUGAACCCUGUCACUUACCGGCUAAAGAGGUAAAAAUCAGGGCACCUGUAUGUAUUUUUGUAUAUUUAUUGAUAUAAAAAUAUUGCACAAAUAGUUUGAAAGUUAUGCACUAAAAUGUGACAUGAUGUAUAUACCAUGAUGUGGUUAAGGGUUCUAUCUAGAAGUAAACUUUGAGGGUGAAAACAGGGUUAUAACUUGUAUGUAGGCACUUAUGACUAUAAAAACAUUAUCAGUACAUAUCUAUAUAAUAAUAAUAAUUAAGUUAGCAGAUAUUUAUUAAGGGCCAUUUGUAAUGCUAUGUUGUCAUUAUUAAAAACAAUACUGUAAUAACACUUUUAUGACGUCAUAAAUGAAUGACAUCACACUAUUAUCACAGUGAGAACCUGUAAACAUUAUGUAGAGGUCAAAGUAUUGAAAAUGAAUUUGUAUGCAUUUUUUUCAGUUAUAUUAUAAAAUCGAAGACCUUUGUUCAUAUUGUUUAUUAAUCUUGUUGUUUUUUUAAUAUAAAUCAAAAACAGAAUAUAAAUUUAAUUGUUAAGUAAAUUUUACAUUGUAUGAGUGCUCAUAUCAGAUCCUGUAUUUGUGGCAUGUGCCUUAAAUCUAACAUAUCCACACCACUGAAUACACUAUCUAAGAUGUCUGAAGGUCAAAUAAAUCACUGAUUUGAAGAUCACAGUUACUGAUAUGAAUGCCAAAGUCAUAAUUCUCAAAGUCAUAGUCACCAAUCUCAAGGUCAGAAUCACUGUACUGAUCUGAAGGUCCUUCAGGUCUACACAUUUUGAAGGAAGUGUCAAUGGUUUCAAAGUCAAAGACACUAGUUUUAAGGUCAAGGUCAAGCACUGGUCUCAAUGUCAAUGUCAAAUGUACUAGUGUUACAUUUGAGUAUUUUUACAAGAGUAUAUUUAUACAGAUAUCGACUGUUGUCAUUUGAUUCGAGUCUUGAUUUUUUUUUUUUGAGAACCGUUUUUAAAGUGCCUUUCAGAUUAAAAGAAUUUGUCAAGAACAUUUUCACAUCGUCAGAGCUAAGAGUUGGUGUAACUCUAUGCAGGCCUUGUUAGGGGCACAUUGUUUGAGCUUAAUUUUUGUUUAAUCUAUUAUCAGUACCAUUGUUUUCUACUAUGUUAUGUACAGUAAAAUAAAUAAAAUUACAGCCAUGAUACCAAACUAGAUUGUAAUAUAAGAUGAAAAUUAGGUAUAUUUUGUCAUACAUAAUAGUUGUGAUGUCCCUUAUCUGUAUUAGUGUUCACUAAAAUUUUAUCAAAGUUGUCUUGAAAAUGUUCAAUUCCCCAAAACUUCAGUAAUGUGUAACAUGCCUGAUUAAUUGUGUUCCAUACCUAUUGAGUUACGAGCUAAGAAUGUACAGAGUGUUCGGUAUGAGAGUUCCAGGCAUGAGAUCUAUACUCAGUGUGUACUUUGUAUCACAUUAUAACAUUAUAUGCCUUUAAUGAAUUGUUUCUUUCAUUUGAUCAAGAAUGAUUAACAUAAGAAAAUAUUUUUCAGAUACUGUAAGUAAGCGUAGAUGUUUUAGCAGUAUUUGAACAAUUUUCACACUGGAAGCAUUCCGCUAAAUUAAAAUUGCGUUAAUUGCAUGAAGUUUCUGUACAUUGUUUUCAAUGGCAAGUAUUUUGGCAAUGCCAUACUAAGUGGCACUAAUCUCUUUUAAUUUGGUUAUAUGCUUACGGAGUUCACCAAAAUAAGUACAUAUACAGUAAUCUAGUUUUUCCUUGAAGUCGAGCUAAAUUUUUAUUAGUGACCAGGCCCUGGUUUCACCAAUGUUCCUUAACUUAACAUUUUCAGUAGGAAAGUAUUAUUGGGUUUAAGGAUAAAAUAACUUUCAUCAUAUUCUGUAAUGGUUUCCUAUGGAAAAUUCUAAGUUAAGGAAUGUUGAUGACUGACACUUUAGUGCUGGGCCAUGUAUGUUGGAGUUGUCUCCCCUAGAUUCUCCUCCUAUCAAGCGAAAAAAAAAACGAAUACAAUUUUCUGUACUUGAAUAAUCUAUAAAUUACAGUCAGUCUAUUGGUGAUAUUUUCCUAGCUAUUUUUUUAGUAUAUUCAAUGUCAAUAUGUGAUGUUGUUUAGUGUAGUAGAAUCUGAGAUUACAAUGAUCAGAUUUAAUCUCGUUCUACUUUGACCUAUGGAACAGAAAUGGAAAGUGAGAUAUGAUUUUAUUUUGUUCUGUGAAACAUGUGAAACAGAAAUAGAAAGUGAGAUUUGAUUUUAAUUUGACUGUGACCUUGUAGAAUAUGGUACUACAUUUCAGUUGCAUUCCAUUCUCAUGAUAUCUGUGAUACACUUUGUGUUAAUAUUGUUAAUAUUAUUGGUAACGAAAUAUUUCAAUUAUAGCUGUCCUAAAAAGUGAUGUGUAAACAUUUUGUAUUAUGUAAAUAUUUUGUAUUCAGUUUUGUGUUAUGUACUUUGCUAUAAUAAAUAAAAGUAUAAUUUUCUUGUUAGGUA